AUGCGCUUCCAAGCCUUAAUCCGCACUCACCACAUCACCUCCAGAAAGAAAGUCGCCACCCUGAAACGCGCCGCCGACACGCACCAAUGCUUCGUCCUCCUACGGUCCGGUGGUUGUCCCGGCAUAAUGUACGUUGAAGGGAACGAGCAGACGAACGUGGAAUCAUGGGUAGCUGUUGUGCGUAAGCUACGGUACAAAGACUUUCAGCUAGUGGGUCGACCGGGUGCAAUAGAACCGGAGGGACAGCAAGAUAUCCUGCCAGAUGUACAAGAGGGAUUAUCCGAAGUUGAGAGCGUUAAGGAGUUUGGGGAUUGGUGUCAGAAAAGAGGAAUAUGGCAGUGGUGGAGGAAAAGUAUGGGAUAUGCUUAA